AUGGACGACGGUGAAUUUACGUCGAAAGAAGGCGACGUGGGUGAGACUAUCCAUCGCUCUGUAUCUAUACUAGAGGAUCAUCGCAUAAUUGUCGAUAAAAAUCAUGCACUUUUAACAGAUUUAAGACUUCCGUUCACUGCAGUGUCAUCAGGGAUUGGUAAGCUUAAAAAUUGCUCCGAAGAGGGACUGCCAGAUGUUUGCAACCCUGAAAUGUUUACUUUAGAGCAACUUUAUUGUUUAAGAUCAGAAUUAAUACAGAUGAAAGCAUUCAUAGAGCAACAAAGCAACAUACAGACCGGCUUAUUUCAUGAAAUAAGUCAAGCCGUUCGUAACUAUCAGACGGAAAACUCAGUAGAAAGAGAAGUACGAAGAAUAAGAUUCCAAAAGACAGAACCUAAGCCAGUACCUCCACCUGAAUUGAAGAAACACGAAACAGCAGAGGAUAAAUCCAAGCAACAGACAAAAAAACUCAAAGACAAACACUCACAUCAUCAUAAAGAUAAACAUCAUAACCCAGAUGAGCCCAAACCAAUCACAUCAGACACUAUAUGGGAUACAACAGAUAGAUUUUUCAAACCAAUCAAAACUCCUAAUUAUUUUGAUAGAUAUUUAAUCAUUUCUCGACCAACAUAUGAUAUGGCCAAACUUCAAGAGCCAUUAGGUACACAUUAUUCAAUAACGUUCCCUAAGCUACCCAGUUUUCAAAACGAUUCAUUAAAAGUCCAAUUAAAAAUGCCAUCUCCUCCAUUUUCAGAUUCUACUGGCUCAGGGAACACUCAUAUCCACAAACGCCUUAUUGCCGCUAUUGUUAAUAUCGUAGGAGACAUAGAAGACUCAAAUCUCGCUACAUCUGAUGGAGAAUUUAAUCCAGGAACAGAUAAAUUAGACGAAGGCGAACAGGCUAAGAACAGACGUACUCAAGAUAAUUUUACCAACCUCAGUAGAGCACAAUUGAACGCUUUACCCGUUGGAUCUAGAAUCGGAAAUUCUGCCUACGGCCAACUUGACUUUGAGAAGCGUCUUCAAUUAGAGCUUGACUCUCUCGGCAUUGCUAGCCAAGGACAGACCGUUAUGGACAUGAAUUAUCCUGUUGUUCGCUAUUUAAGCGACAAAGUGGCCCAACAAAGGUUAGUUUGCGACCAAGCGAACAGAUGUCGUAGAAUGAUCGAACAAUAUGUUGCAUUGGGCCAAAGAAAGUUUGCAGACGUCGUAAAAAGAGAUCGCGACUGGAAUUCCGCACUUUCUUUGUAUUUAGCGCAAGAACAGAAAGAUAAAGGAACCACAAAGAAAAAGAAGAAGUCUCAGAGUACUAAAGCUAUCAAAGAAGAAGAAUAUUCUGUAUCUUCUUCAAAUAUAACUUCAAAUGUGACAUCAGAUAAUGAUGAAUAA